CACGGUGCGCACAUGGACUGCAUAAAGUCGUCCCCAGCGAUAACUUCAGCCGAUGCCCUCAGACGUCCCCUCUCUUCCCGAGGGGUUUACAUGCCGUCUGCUUGCCAAACCUAGAGGCAGCCCUCGCACCCUCCUACCUCACUCAUCCUCCUCCUCCUCCUCCUAUCCAACAAUUCCAAGUUCCUUCUCGAUGGGGUUCUGUUUUCCCUUAUUUAUGCCUUUUGUGGUUUCUAUUUCCAUGUUGUAUCUCCAUACCUAGCAGCCCCUUUUGAUUUCUAGCUAGCUGCUUUUGAAGUGUUUUUUUUUUUGUUUUGUUUUUUUGUUGUUUGGUGUUUGGGUUUGUACAUAUGGAGAGAUCUGAUGGUAUCAAGGAUCCCAAGGACUUCCCAGAUAGCUCCUCAGACAAUACCCUUUUUGACGCAUCACAAUAUGCAUUUUUUGGUCAUGAUGCGGUGGAGCAAGUGGAGUUGGGGGGUUUGGAAGAUGAUGGAGAUGAUAUGCCUGUAUUUGGACCCGCUGAUGAUGAGUACCACUUGUUUGAGAGAGAUGAGAGUGUAGGUUUAGAGUCAUUAUCCGAUAUUGAUGAUCUGACGAGUACAUUUGCAAAGUUGAACAGAGCUGUUAGUGGACCAAGAAAUCCUGGAGUUAUUGGUGAUCGAGGAUCUGGAUCUUUUUCAAGGGAAAGUUCAUCUGCUACUGAUUGGGCACAGGAGGUAGAUUACUCCAACUGGUUAGAUUUGCAAAUGUUUGAUGCAGACAAUGCUCUGGAAGGCAAAAGAUGGUCGUCACAGCCACAUUCCUCUUCUUCACAUCUUGCAGAAUCGAAGCCUUUGUACAGAGCAUCGUCAUACCCACAGCAGCAACCACAGCCGCACCACUUCUCUAGUGAGCCAAUUCUAGUACCCAAAACAUCUUACACUUCCUUCCCCCCUCCCGGCAGCAGAUCACAACAGGCUUCGCCACACCAUUCACAUUACCUGAAUAUUCCAUCAUCACUUGCUGGUGGGUCUCAGCUGCCUUUUUCUGCACCAAACCUAUCUCAUUUGUCAAACUCUAAACUUCAUUUGGCUGGCUUUCCUCAUGGGUUGCCGUAUGGAGAAAAUAUUCAGUUUGAACCUUCUGGUCUUUCUGUUAAUAACCGUCCGCAUAACCACUGGGUCAACCAAGCCAGCCUAUUUCAGAUGGACCACUGUAACCUCUUGAACAAUAUUUUGAAACAACAAUUACCUCGUCAAAAUGGGUUGCUUUCCCCACAAUUAAUAUCACCACAUCAACAACUGCAACAACAGAGGCUGCAUCAUCCUUUUCAAUCAUUGGCUCAUUUUUCAGCAUUGCAGUCCCAAAUAUUUAAUGCCCUUCCAGAACCCUCCCAUAAACCAAUGCUUGGAUUGCCUGAUAUGAGAGAUCAUAGACCUAAAUCAACACACAAAGGAAGACAGAAUAUACGAUUUAGUCAACAAGGCUUGGAUUCUAGUAGCCAAAAGAGUGAUGGUGGGUUGCCACAAUUUAGAUCCAAGUAUAUGACUGCUGAAGAAAUAGAGUGUAUUCUUAAAAUGCAACAUUCUGCAACACAUAGCAAUGACCCUUACAUAGAUGAUUAUUACCACCAAGCUCGUCUUUCGAAAAAAGCUGCUGGAUCGAGGUUGAAACACCAUUUCUGCCCAGCUCAUCUAAGGGAGCUUCCUUCUAGAGGCCGUAGUAGUACAGAGUCACAUUCUUGUCAUCAGAAUGAUGCUCUAGCAAGGGUUCCAUUGUCCAUACGUAGGCCUCAGCCUCUCCUUGAUGGUGACUUACCUUCCUCUAGCCCUGGGGAUGGAAGCGCCGAACAGAAACUCUCUGAGAAGCCCCUGGAACAGGAACCAAUGCUUGCAGCUAGAAUUGCCAUUGAGGAUGGCCUUUGUCUUCUUCUUGAUGUAGAUGACAUUGACCGUCUUCUACAAUUUAGUCAACCACAAGAUGGUGGGACUCAACUCAGGAGGCGGCGUCAAAUCCUGCUUGAAGGGUUGGCAGCCUCACUAAAGCUUGUUGAUCCACUUGGAAAAAGUGGCCACACGGUUGAACUGGCUCCAAAGGAUGACCUUGUGUUCCUUCGGUUAGUGUCUCUUCCGAAGGGCCGAAAGCUUCUUUCUAGGUUCCUCCAGCUUCUCUUCCCUGGAGGAGAGCUAGCUCGAGUGGUUUGUAUGGCUAUUUUUCGUCACUUGAGGUAUUUGUUUGGAGGUCUUCCCUUUGAUCCAGCUGCAGCUGAGACAAUCACGAACCUUGCAAGAACAGUUUCUAUGUGUGUUAAUGGUAUGGAUCUUCAUGCACUCAGCGCCUGUCUCAUUGCUGUAGUCUGUUCUUCAGAACAGCCACCACUCCGCCCUAUUGGUAGCCCUGCAGGAGAUGGUGCCUCUAUCGUCUUAAAAUCUGUACUUGAAAGGGCAACUGAACUCUUAACUAAUCUCCAUGCAGCUGGAAACUGUAAUAUUUCUCAUCGUGCACUUUGGCAGGCUUCAUUUGAUGCCUUUUUCAGUCUUCUCACCAAGUACUGUCUCAGUAAAUAUGACAGUAUAGUGCAAUCAGUAUUUAGCCAGACCCAGCCAAGCACAGAAAUAAUUGGUUCAGAGGCUACAAAAGCCAUAAGCAGGGAAAUGCCUGUAGAGCUUUUACGUGCAAGUCUUCCUCACACUGACGAGCACCAGCGGAAGCUUUUGUUGGAUUUUGCUCAGAGAUCAAUGCCUAUCACUGGGCUUAACAAUCGGGGUGGGAGCAAUGGCCAGAUAGCUUCUGAAUCAGUGAGGGUCUAAAUCAAUGUGGGAUAUUAUAUGUAAGAUGUCUUGGAAACAAGAAUGUAGUAGUCGGUACUUGUUCUCUGCACGUGAGGUGACAUGCUGCUUUCACAAUCUUAUAUAGAUAUGGUACAUUACUUGGUGAGUGGAAGCGUAAGGUUGUUGAAGGAAAACUUGUCAAGCUUCAUCCCCUCUUGGCUCUCUCCUGUCCUUUCCUUCCCUCCCUAGUGUUGCCAGGUUUGAAGAACGUGUGUUGUGUACUGUGAUGGACAAUCCUUCAAGAGGAGUUUGCUACUGGAAGUUCUUUUCUUCUGGGGAGCUGAAUUUUGGUGCUCUAAGGUGAAACUCCGCAUAAAGUGGAAGCAUAGGGGAUAGAAUGUACAGACCGGUCCAUUAGCGAACCCCUCAAGACUCUUUCUUUCAUUUUCUGUCGUCUUUUUACCAAGUAAAAAAAGGAUGCAUCUUUAAAGUAUAAUAUCUACCAAGAUGGGGCUAGUUUCAAUCAGAUGUUGAUAAGGGGGAAUACAACAUGAUUCUGUUUUCUGUAUUUUGAUGAGAAAAAUCAUCCAGUAACUGAAAUUAUUGUCGCUGUUUCCAGUGUCUAAAUCCUGCGUUGUUUUUUUUUUUUUUUUUGCCCUUUCUAAUAAUAAUCUUUCUGAAAGAUUGCCAAUA